AUGGUGAGCUCUGCCGAAAUCGGAAAGAAGAAAGAUCAGGCCAAAGCAGUGGCUGAUGCCGCUGCUGAAGGCACCGCCGACUCUAAAGAGGUCCGAUAUGAUCCUACUAUGAUGAACGGACCAGUCGAAUACGAGUUUGGUGGUCCUAUUGGUAACAUUGCCAUGAUGUUUGGAUUCCCUGCUCUCAUGUGGUAUAUGUGGGCUUGUUAUAAGCAUAACAACUGUCAACUUAUGGGACCCGCUGACGGCGAAUCUGUUGUCGAAUUUGUCAAGAGAAUCUAUGGCUAUGUUCUUGAAGGUGCUUAUCCUACUCGUCAAGCCUGGAAAAUUGAAUGGGGAUUCCUGUUAUUUCAACUGGCUAUUUCAGUUGUUUUGCCAGGUUUCUGGACUGAAGGUCAACCCGUUCCUCAUUUGGGAUUCAAGAAACUGAAGUACUUCUGUAAUGCAGUUGCUUCUUUCUAUUUCUCAAUUGCUGUCUCACUUGCCCUUCAUUUCACUGGCAUUUUCCCCUUGUAUACCAUUAUUGACAAGUUUGGUGAAAUCAUGUCGGUGGCCAUCAUUUCUGGAUUCCUUAUUUCGUUUGCUGUUUACUUCCGCGCCUUGGCUGACGGAACUGCAGUCAGAAUGUCUGGAAACCAUAUCUACGACUUUUUCAUGGGCGCUCCGUUGUAUCCUCGUAUUGGAAUUGUCGACCUCAAACUCUUCUUUGAGGUUCGUCUUCCCUGGUUCACCCUGUUUUUCCUAUCUCUUGCUGCUGUAUUGAAGCAGUACGAGGAGUACGGAUAUAUCAGCAACCAGGCCUGGUUCGGUAUGUAUGGUACCUGGUUGUAUGCCAAUGCUUGUGCCAAGGGUGAGGAGCUUAUUGUUCCUUCUUGGGAUAUGUUCUACGAGAAGUUUGGUUUCAUGCUUAUUUUCUGGAACAUUGCUGGUGUUCCCUUCACCUACUGCUUCAACACUUUGUAUAUCGCCAGCCGCGAUCCUGCCGAGUACCGUGGCUCAAUCCAGUGGAAUGUCUUCCUUUGGGUUCUUAUCAGCGUUGCCUACUACUUCUUUGACACUGCCAAUGGACAAAAGAACUCGUUCCGUCAGCAAAUGAAGGGCAACUUCAAGCGCCGUAACACCUUCCCUCAACUGCCCUACCAAGUAGUCAGCAACCCUGACUACAUCAAGUGCAAGAAUGGAAGUACUUUGUUGACCGACGGUUGGUUCAAAUACGCUCGUAAGGCUCACUACACCGCCGACUUCACACAAAACUUGUGCUGGGCUCUCAACACUGGCUUCAACUCCCCUCUCCCCUACUUCUACCCAUUCUUCUUUUUCUGCAUGAUUCUCCACCGUACUGCCCGUGACUUCGACAAGUGCGAGAAGAAAUACGGCGAGGACUGGGAAGAGUACAAAAGAAGAUGCCCAUACAUCUUCAUCCCCUAUGUGUUUUAA